UCAUUCUUUAAACGAACAUGUCGAAAAUAUACAACUUGAAUUUUUCCUACUUUAAAACAUAAUAUUCUCAAUCCUGAACAAUGUCUUCAGUUAAAACUAAUACAGCAGCUAAAAACCCAAAUUAUUGGGUUCCUGAACACGACGAAGUCACUGACCGUGAAAAGUUUAUCAGUAAGGCUAAAAAGGACCCAUUUGUUCCUAUUGGUUUUGUUGGUUUGCUCGGUGCACUUGGAUAUGGUGUAUAUGCAUACAAAACGAGAGGUCCAGCUAUGACCACCAGUCGUUAUUUAAUGAGGUUACGAGUCAUCGCGCAAAGCAUGGUGGUCGGAUCUAUAAUACUCGGCGUAGGAAUUACCCAACUUAAUAAAGAGAAAAGGUGAUACAUAUUGAAAGCCGUAUACAUGUAGAUAUAUAAUUUUUAGUGUACUUGUAAAUUUUAGUCAUUAAUAAAUAGAGCAAUCGUUAA